AUGCAAGCUAAAAUUAUAUAUGCUCUGAGCGCAAUUUCUACGCUGAUACCAUUAGGAUCAUCACUAUUAGCACCUAUAGAGGACCCCAUAGUGUCAAACAAAUACCUCAUAUCCUACAUCGAUGAGGGCAACUGGAGUGAUAGAAUAUUAAAAAAUCAGUCUGCCAUGAACUCAGGGUAUAUCGUAAAUAUGGGUGGCGAUCUCGAAUGCUUUAUUCAAAAUGCAAGUACUCAAUUGAACGAUGUAUUGGAAAACUCAGAUGAGUAUAGCAAUAGUGAAAAGGCAGCAUUACUAACCAAUACCCUGAAUCAAGGCGUUACAACGAUUUUUGAUAAACUAAAUGAACGAUGCAUCUUCUACCAGGCUGGAUUUUGGAUUUAUAAGUACUGUCCUGGCAUAGAAUUUGUUCAGUUUCAUGGUAAAGUAAAUACACAAACUGGUGAAAUCGUCAAUCGAGAUGAAUCUUUGGUUUACCGGCUGGGAAAACCAAAGGCAAAAUUAGACGAGAGAGAAUUCGAAUUACUUUAUGACGAUGUGGGAUAUUACAUUAGUGAAAUUAUAGGCUCAGGUGAUACUUGCGAUGUGACCGGGACUGAAAGAAUGGUUGAAAUACAAUAUGUCUGUGGUGGCUCAAACUCUGGACCAGCAACCAUCCAAUGGGUGAGGGAAACAAAAAUUUGUGUUUAUGAAGCCCAAGUUACCAUACCUGAAUUGUGCAAUUUAGAAUUAUUAGCUAAAAAUGAAGACCAAAAAAAUGCCUCACCUAUACUUUGUAGGACGCCCGACAAAUCAAAAAUUGACAGUAACUCUAUCGAUUUAAUCACUGAAUAUGAGCCGAUUUUUUUAGGCUCUGGAGUAUACUUUCUAAGGCCCUUUAAUACUGAUGAGAGAGUCAAAUUAAUGGUUACUGAUAAUGCGAUGUCUAAUUGGGAUGUAAUUACCGACACGUAUUACCAGAAAUUUGGAAAUGCCAUAAACAAAAUGCUUAGCUUGAGAUUAGUAUCGUUACCUAAUGGACAUAUUCUCCAGCCUGGUGAUUCAUGUGUUUGGUUGGCGGAAGUGGUUGAUAUCAAAGACCAAUUGCAAACCAUUUUAUCGUUGAACAUACUUAAUUCACAAAGGGCAGAGAUAUUUUUUAACAAGACAUUUACGUUCAAUGAAGAUAACGGAAACUUUAUAUCAUACAAGAUUGGGGAUCCUGACCUGUCAACUGAACUUAGCCAAAUAACCCGCUCAAGUAAAGGAGACACAAAAACAGAAAACACUCAGUCUGAAGAACUCUCAAUUAGUCCCGAUAGCGAGCUGCUCUUAAGGCUUUCAAAGGAAAUAACGGAAGUGAAGGAACUAUUAAACGAAAUCGUAAGUCCACAUGAAAUGGAAGUGAUAUUUGAAAACAUGAGAAAUCAACCGAAUAAUGAUUUUGAACUGGCACUGAUGAACGGAUUGAAACCCUUAUUAAAUGUUGGAAGUGAUGAGAACAUAAAUGGGGAGAGAGACCAUGCAGGAAUUAAUGACGAUGAAAGUACCAAAAAUGGCGGCAAGAAGAAAGAAACUGCUACCGAUCCAAGUAGAGAUAUUACAGAAGCUGAUCCUGAAACGAUGGAGAAUACUAAACCGGAGGUAACAGACGUUACGUCUGAUGUUUCCAUCAACCAUGAUGAGCUUUAA